AAAAGACAAACAUCACUUACGUGAUUACAUCACACGCAUGCGCCGGCCUAUCGACCCGAAACAGUCUGGAUAUCAAAAUGGAAAGCGAAGAGAACUGAAAUCUCAAUUUUAAAAUCAAAUGUUUUUUGCAAAAUUUAUUUCAAAAGUUUCAGAAGUUAUAAAUUAAAGUCUUUAAAAAUAAAUAUAAGUUAAACAUGUCAAGAUCUGGAACGCCACAAAGACCAAAUGGAGCACCUCAGGGAAAAAUUCAACCUUUUAAACUAGUUUUAUUAGGUGAAUCUGCGGUUGGAAAAUCAAGUUUAGUUUUAAGGUUUGUCAAAGGCCAAUUUCAUGAAUACCAGGAAAGUACUAUUGGCGCUGCAUUUUUAACACAAACAGUUUGUUUUGAUGAUACUACAGUAAAGUUUGAAAUAUGGGAUACUGCUGGCCAAGAAAGGUAUCAUAGUUUAGCACCGAUGUAUUAUAGAGGCUCCCAAGCUGCUAUUGUUGUAUAUGAUAUAACAAAUACGGAUACAUUUUCAAGAGCAAAAAGUUGGGUUAAAGAAUUACAUCGACAAGCUAGUGCAAAUAUUGUUAUUUCUCUUGCUGGAAAUAAAGCUGAUCUUGGAAACAAAAGAAUGGUAGACUAUGAGGAAGCACAUGCUUAUGCGGAGGAAAACGGGCUUUUAUUUAUGGAAACCUCUGCUAAAACUGCCAGCAACGUUAACGAACUAUUUUUAGCUAUUGCUAAAAAAUUACCUAAAAACACUGAUCAACCAGGACCUGGUGGUCCAUCACGUCGUGGAAUCGAACUGACGGAAAAUCCAGAACCACCUAAAUCUGGUUGUUGCAAAUAGUGUACAUUUUUUAUUUUAAUUUCUAAAAACCUCUCCAAAAGCGUCCCCAUUCCCAUUAAAUUAAAGUUAAUUUAGUUAACUCAGUCAUGACAAAUUAUAUAAAAAAAAAUAAUUUAGAACUCCCUUAAAGUGAAGUCCUAUUAAGAUUUCAUAUGGGGCUCAGAUAGGUUUAAAUUAUAGUGCACGCCUUUUUGGUUAUAUUUUGUGUAAUUUUCGUGACGCGAAAGUAUCGAGUCUGUAAUCGCAUUGAAAUCUUUUUUUAAUUUUUCGUUUUGUUGCUUUUUUUUAACGAUAUUAUUGGUAUUGUUUUUCUUGAUACCGAAUUGUUGAUCUUCAAAUGUUUUGUACGAAUUCUUUUUGACCGUGUACAGUAAGUCCUUAUUUUCAUUAUCAAUUGUUAAAUGGUAUUGAAUUGCUUUUCAAAUAAAUAUAAGCUUUUGACUAGUUUAGAUUUGUUUAUUUUAGUCCAGCUUUAUCAAUCUCCUAAAAUGUCAAUAACGUUUAAUGUUUUUUUGUUUGUUUAUUUUUUGUUGCAUUAAUUGAAAAUAUAUAAUUAUAAUAAUGAUUGCUGCUUGUAAUAUUAUGUUAUCAAUGUAAUUAAAAGAUUUUUUUUCAAAUCGAA